UUCUGGAAAUAUAAUAGGCUCAUGUCUGGUUUCUGUUGUUCCUUCCCUCCCUGCUCUAAAAUAAGAUUACAGCCCCUGGUUGUAGCAUGCUGCACACGGUGUAAACCAACAGAACACAUGUAAUUCAGACAUCUGAAGAAGAUAAUGUGUUACAAUGAAAUGGGGGCAUUAGGGCAUAGAACAUUGAUUUGCUAAAAUAAAUCCUCUGAUGUCAUCAGAUUCUGUGUUACAACAAAGAGCUGCCUCCAUUUUUCAUUCUGUUUAACUUUAUUCUAAAGUGUUGCUUAGUUACUAACCUGAGGGAUUUUCUUCAAAAUCAGCAUUAAAACUGUUGCUUUCCAGCUGUUUCCUAUUUAAUUUCAGAGCACACAGAUUUCUACACACAUUGAAGAAAGUCAUUAAGGACAACUUCUUGAGGAGUCAUUGAAAGUAUGUUUAAGAAGCUCCAAGCUUGUUAUGAAACUUUCAUCAAAACCUUUUUCUCUUCUGUGAAGGAAGAGCCCUACAAUCCAACUGACAGCAUUUUUCAUAAGCAAAAAAUUGUUAGAUAUGGCACCGAUGUGAGGAACGCACAACUACCCCUUGAACAGAGAGCCCAAGCUGCAAAAAAUAUUGGACUGCUAGUGUACACAGGUGGGCCAAAUGCUGGAAUAUGCGCAUCAGAAUACAUCCAGGACCUAAUUGAUAUCUUGAACAUGCCAGACACUUCAGCAAAUGUGAGGAUCCUGGUGCUCCAAGGGCUGUGCGGUAUUUGCUAUAUAAAUUACAGUAACCAAAACAAGGUAAAAGAUCUGAAUCUUGCUGAUAUUCUUCUUGCUUGUCUCACUGAAGAUGAAGAUUCAUCCCCAGCUAGCAACCAUAUUACCGUGGUUAAGUUCUGGGUUUGUUACCUUCUGACUGUCCUUUGUUGCCACAAUAUCCCUUACAUUAGAAUACUCCAUGAAUUGGGAGGUCAAAAGCUGGUAACAAAGCUGAAAUUCCUGUCUAGCAUGGAAUGGUCUGGCUGGCCAGAUAAUUAUGCAGAAGUACUGUUUUCCCUUUUGGGGUUUCACAAAGCUCAACUUACUUCUGGUAUUUAAAAUGAAAUAACCCUCUCAAGGAUUGUUAUAAUCUGUGAACUAUUUACAUGGCAAAAUAAAGAAAAUGAAGACAAAUUAAAUAAUGUCACUCUUCUUCCCCAUCCCCCAAUAACUAGUUUAGAAUUAAAAAAAAUGAACAGGACCUACCUCAGCUCCUAUACUCAUCCAUUAUUCACCCUCUCCCCCCACUGGAAAGUCAGGACUACCUUACAGAACAGGUAAUCUGCCAUCAGGUUCAUUUUCCCCAGCCAAUGCCUUACCAAAAACCUCUCUUCUCCUUUCCCUUCCUGACACACCUGCAGAGUAACUUCAAAGGACUCCAGACUAAUACUCUCUUGAAUAGUAGGCUGGAGCAGGGGUUAGGGUGAUCUCUGUAUAGCAUAGCCCUAACAGGAUGUGAUAUGUCUGCUGAAGAUGCUAGUCAGCAUACUGAUUCAGCAGAACUUGGGGGAAUGCACGUUGCUUCUUUCUAAAAGGCCUACUCCUAUUGACAUUACAAUAAAUGGGUAGUAUCAGACUCUAAAGGAAUACUAAGAUACAUCAAAAUUAACCCCCCAUCCUCACACAAAUCUAUUCUCCCCUGCACUGGCUCAGGAACCUUUCAGACAGCUAGCCUCACUCUGCUACCCACUCCUCGGUGCAUGCCUUUACAAUAAAAUAGGAUAUUUGAAGAGAGAGCAAGGUCUUGAAAACAUGAAGCAUGACAUUAUGAUUUACAAAAUGUGCACAGCAUGCCAGGUGCUUUACAAACAUGUAUAAAGAAGUCCCUGUCCUGAAGCAUUUACCAUCAUGAGUCUGAAUGCUCCAAACAAUUACACAUACAAGUAGUCCCAACGAACAGAGCCAGGACUGUGAAUCUUUUUAAAUCACAUGGAGAUACCAGAGAGCCUCUCAGUCCCAAUCAAAAUCCUGUUGCCAGGUUCUCUUACAGCCCUUCUAGAUCAGUGCCUGC